AAGGUUUCUGAGCUAGCUUUUGUUUGUUUCCUCGAAAUAUAGUUUUGGUGUCUAGUGUAAGUUCAGAAAAGAAGAGAAAAUGGUUUUGAAGUUCAUAUAUUUAAACACAUGAAAUGGCAUCAGCAAGUAACUGGCUUUCGUUUCCACUGUCUCCAAUGGAGCUGUUGAGGUCAUCAUCUGAGCCUCAGUUUGUGUCAUGUGAAGGAUCCUCUGCUGUCUCUCCCCCUUACCUGAUCGACAACUUCUAUGGUAAUGGCUGGACAAAUCCGAAAAACCAAGUGUUUUUUGAAGGAGAUGAGAACCAAAGCGACGAAGCUCAAACGGCAGCAUCAAUGGCGGAUGAAUCCUCCAUUUUCACGAGCUUCCAUUACCAAGCACCGAAGCUUGAAGACUUCCUUGGCGAUUCUUCGUCGAUCGUUAGAUUUUCCGACAGCCAAACCGAAACCCAAGGUUCGUCUUUAACCCAAAUAUAUGAGCCUCAAGAUCUCAAGCAAUUUACUGGAUUUCAAGCGUUCUCUACGAACUCGGGGUCGGAGGUCGAUGACUCGUCGUCAAUGGGUAGAACUCAGUUGGCUCGCCUCGAGUUACCUGGUCACCCGAUCGAAUCACGCGGGAACCAUAGUGAAAAUAACACUAGUAAGGCCAUUGUUACGGUUGACUCAGACAGCUCAAAGAAGAUCUCCGAUACAUUUGGUCAACGAACUUCGAUUUACAGAGGCGUCACCAGACACAGGUGGACGGGUAGAUAUGAAGCUCAUCUAUGGGAUAACAGCUGCAGGAGAGAGGGUCAAGCCAGAAAAGGCCGUCAAGUAUACUUGGGUGGUUAUGAUAAUGAAGAAAAGGCUGCUCGGGCAUACGAUUUGGCCGCCGUGAAAUACUGGGGUCCGACCGCCACCACCAACUUCCCGAUUGCAAAUUAUUCGAAGGAGUUGGAAGAGAUGAAGAAUGUAACCAGGCAAGAGUUUAUUGCAUCCAUACGGAGGAAGAGUAGUGGAUUUUCAAGGGGUGCAUCCAUUUACCGAGGUGUCACGAGGCAUCAUCAACAAGGCCGAUGGCAAGCAAGGAUCGGCCGGGUUGCCGGAAACAAGGACUUGUACCUUGGGACUUUUGCUACUGAAGAGGAGGCAGCAGAGGCAUAUGACAUCGCGGCCAUCAAAUUCCGAGGUGUGAAUGCGGUGACCAACUUCGAGAUGAACCGAUACAAUGUCGAAGCCAUUGCCAAGAGUUCCCUUCCCGUUGGUGGAGCAGCUAAGCGACAAAAGCAUUCACUUGAAUCCAACCAGAAACCGAUGGUAAACCAUGAGCAACAACAGCUACCACGGUGCAGCUCCAACAGCCAAGGUAUAAGUUUCGCUCCGAUGCAGCCAGUUUCCGACAUUCCUUGUGGAAUCCCUUACGAAGCUGCUGCAGCAACUACAGCAUUUUAUCAAGAGAAUCUGUACCACCACUUUCAGUCUGCCAACUUAGGCAGCUGUGAUCCCCCCGGAUUGUCAUCGGCAACAGCAAUACCUACAACUGUAAUGUUGCAGCCAGCAGCUGAGUUCUUAUGGCCUCACCGGUCAUAUUAA